GGGCUCGGGGGCGGGGCCGGGGAGAGCUUGGAGGCGGAAGUUCCCGCGGGCUGGGAGGUCGGCGUACGCACCGCGAAUCACUUGUCAGCGCUCGUUUGAGGCGGACGCAGCGCGGUGCCGGACCCGAGUUUCUUUCACGUUCUGGGAUUGGACUUGGAGUCAUUAGAACCAUGAGCAACUACAGUGUAUCCUUGGUUGGCCCAGCUCCUUGGGGUUUCCGGCUGCAAGGUGGCAAGGAUUUCAGCAUGCCUCUGACAAUCUCUAGUCUAAAAGACGGCGGCAAAGCAUCCCAGGCAAAUGUCAGAAUAGGCGAUGUGGUUCUCAGCAUUGAUGGGAUAAGUGCCCAUGGAAUGACUCAUCUUGAAGCCCAGAACAAGAUUAAGGGUUGUACAGGCUCUUUGAAUAUGACUCUGCAAAGAGCAUCUGCCACAUCCAAGCCUGAGCCAGUUCCUGUUCAAAAGGGAGAACCUAAAGAAGUAGUUAAACCUGUGCCCAUUACAUCUCCUGCUGUAUCCAAAGUCACUUCCACAACCAACAUGGCUUACAAUAAGGCACCACGGCCCUUUGGUUCUGUGUCAUCACCCAAAGUCACAUCCAUCCCAUCACCGUCGUCUGCCUUCACCCCUGCCCACGCGACCACUUCAUCACAUGCUUCCCCUCCACCCACGGCUGCUGUCACUCUUCCCCCAUUCGCUGCAUCUGGACUGCAUGCUAAUGCCCAUCUUAGUGCUGACCAGCGUUCACCUGCUCUGAGCGCUGGUAAACCUGCGGUUACUGUCCCACGGCAGCCCACAGUCACCAGCCUGUGUUCCGAGACUGCUCAGGAGCUAGCAGAGGGACAGAGAAGAGGAUCCCAGGGUGACAGUAAACAGCAAAAUGGUAACCCUGGCACCACGAAAAUCCCACCUAAACGCCCACCGAGAAAACACAUUGUGGAGCGUAAUACAGAGUUUUACCACAUACCCACUCAUAGUGAUGCCAGCAAGAAGAGACUGAUUGAGGACACUGAAGACUGGCACCCGAGGACUGGCACGACUCAGUCUCGCUCUUUCCGCAUCCUGGCCCAGAUCACUGGGACCGAACAUCUGAACGAAUCGGAACCUGAUAAUACAAAGAAGGCAAACAACUCACAGGAGCCUUCUCAGCAACUGGUUCCGUCAGUCGCUUCAGUACAGAGCAUGCCUGCGAGGCCAGAAAGUCCAGCCUCUGCCAGAACAGGGGUGGCCGGUCUCCCAACCGCUGCUGCCUUCAAGCCUGUAGGAUCCACCAGCAUUAUCAAGUCACCAAACUGGCAACGGCCAAACCAAGCAGCACCUUCCACUGGAAGAAUCUCAAAUAGUGCAGCUUCUUCAAGAUCAGUGACACCAGGCAGCUCAGCUGUGGGGCAGCCCCAGCCCAGCGACCAGGACACUUUAGUGCAAAGAGCUGAGCACAUUCCAGCAGGAAAACGAACUCCAAUGUGUGCCCACUGUAACCAGGUCAUCAGGGGACCAUUCCUAGUGGCACUGGGGAAAUCUUGGCACCCAGAAGAAUUUAACUGUGCUCACUGCAAAAAUACAAUGGCCUACAUUGGAUUUGUGGAGGAAAAGGGAGCUCUGUAUUGUGAGCUGUGCUAUGAGAGAUUCUUUGCUCCUGAAUGCGGCCGAUGCCAAAGGAAGAUCCUUGGAGAAGUCAUCAAUGCUUUGAAACAAACUUGGCAUGUUUCCUGUUUUGUGUGUGUGGCCUGUGGAAAACCUAUUCGUAAUAAUGUUUUUCACUUGGAGGAUGGUGAACCCUACUGUGAGACGGAUUAUUAUGCCCUCUUUGGUACUAUAUGCCGUGGAUGUGAAUUUCCCAUUGAAGCUGGCGACAUGUUCCUGGAAGCUCUGGGCUAUACCUGGCAUGACACUUGCUUUGUAUGCUCAGUAUGUUGUGAAAGUUUGGAAGGUCAAACCUUUUUUUCUAAGAAGGACAAGCCACUUUGCAAGAAACAUGCUCAUUCUGUGAAUAUUUGAAAGUCAACAGUUUAGAAGAGAAGAAAGUGGAAGAGAACGAUAAUUAAAAUUACCAGUUAAUUUUUAGAUUUAAUAUUUAUAUGGAGUUUUGAAAAAUAAUAGUGGGCCUGAAGGGAUAAAUUCCAGCUUUAAAAACCAAGUCUAUGAGGAAAUAUUUGGCUUCAUAAUGUAUUUGCCAAAAAGACAGUUUGGCAUUUAUUAUUACUUUUUCCCUAUAUAUUCUGCCCAUAAAAUAACUUUCACAAAAAUAAAUUUCCUGGUUAACUAUUAAAUUCAUCUUAGAAUAAAUGAAGAACUAAAUUUUUAGAAUAAAAACUCCAACCUCUAUGCUGAAAUAAUUAUGCUUUCUUUCCUUGUUAGGUAGUUAUGAGUAAAUCUGUAAAAGGCAAUAAAAUGCCUUAUACUUUAUCAAUAAGUGACACAUUGUAUUUUUAAAAAGAUAGUGUUUAUCUUUAAAACAGUAAACAGGAGUUUAAACAGAAUUUUAUCGGCAGUAGUAGGUGUCAGUUUUUAAAAACUAUGUACCUUUUUUUUUUGUAUUACAGUUGAUUAUUCCAGUAGGAAAGUUCAAUGGGAUUUUUGAUCAAAAAGUAUCAAGCCAAUAAGAGAUGCUGUAUUUUUUCUUACCCUCCUCAAAAGCCACCAUAUACCUUAUAAAUCUCAAAGUUUUGCCUUUUUAUGAAAAUAUGACCAUUUCUAUUUAUAUGUAUGUUUUUUAACACUUGUAUUAGUCAAACUCCGUUUUCCCUUCUCCUUCAUGCUGAGGUAAAGAGCUAAUAGAAUAACUUUGGACUGUGACAGGUUUCUCUAUAUAUGAAGAGAAUAAGUAGAAGAGAAUGUGGUUAAGAAUUACAGUAAAUCAGAGGAUUGGAUCCAAAAUAUUGCAUCCCAAAUUUCCCCUUUCAAGUCAUGAAUCAGUUUCAGAGUUGUACUACUGACACAUGAAGGUUCGCGAACUCUAUUUGCAGAGAAAUUUUUUUCUUUAGUUCUACAUUAGAAAAUAAAAGACUGGCAUGGGGAUGUGAUAAAAUCUAGAUUUUUUUUUUCUUUUGAUAGUUCUCUCUAAAUAAUAAAUGAACCACUUCCAAAUGUGAUCACGAAGUUUGGAAAGUUUUUAUUCACAGAUGUUUAAUCGUAUAGGAGGGCAACAUGGUUAAUUACUGAGACUGGCCUGUUAUUUGUUUUCUUCAUUUGGGGCAAAAAUUAUGUCAAUACCACAUGAAGGCAGAGAAACAAUUUGUAGAUCCUAUUGAUAUUUGCCCAGUGAGAAAAGAGAUGAUGGCAUUUGAUGGGUUUUCUCUUUGUUUCCAGAAUGGAUGGAAGCCCGUGAUUUUGCUUAGUUAUUAUUUAAAUUUGUUCGGAGCAAGGUGCUUUUGCAGUUGAGACCGAUUCCCAGAUUCUCCCUGUGCCCAUCACUCACUAAUGACUUCACUUCUAAUGUGUACGUGUUUGUUACAGAGGAUUGUUAGGCUACAAUAUUUGUUUCACACCCCCCUAAGACCUUUUCAAGGCAUCUGUCCUAAAAGCUGUUAAUCUGUGGUCUAGCAGAUUUAAAUGAUGUGCAGAUAAUAAUGAACUGGGGAUAAAAGAAUGAGAAGAGUGAUGCAGAGUGGCAAACUGAAUGCUUCAUCAAUAGCAACCGCAAACUGCCCCCUCACCCUGCCUCUUGUAGGGAGGCAGGAAGGUUUUAUUUUUUUUUUAAGUGUUGGAACUAAAGAGAGCGUUAUUUCUCAUUGCUGCUGAAACUACCUACAGAAGACAUGCUGGCUAAUGUGCUUUGCUGCAUACCUAAUGUCAGCCUUUUGCUUUACAGAAUAUAAAAUAAGUUGGUGGUUUUGUUUUGGUGUGGUAGAACUUUUUUGUUGUUGUUGUUAUUUAGUUUUGCCUUUAGAGAUUGUAUACAAAGAUAGUAUUUGGUAAGUCAAUGGCAUUUGGGUAUUUCCUUCAAAGAAUUUUAUUUGACCUAGAUUUUUUAUAAAGUAAUCUUACAUGAACAAUAUCAUUUAUAUUUGACUUUUCUUUCUGCAUAUUAUCCAUGGAGCAUAAUGUUGCCUUUCUCUAAAUUUUCUCUCUCAGAGGGUAACAUUACUUCCUAAUUUAUCAUUUUGUCUUUGUGCUUUGUCCUUCUCUUCUGUGGCAAAGCUUUAUAUCUGUUUCUAAAACAGUUAAUCCUGUGAAAUAAAUAUUGAUCAUAACCCAGAAGAAUAUCUGUAUUUUCCAGUAGGGCAUGCCACAUUUAACACACCAGAAUUAAUCUUUUAAUAACUGGCAGAGCACUUUAUUCUUCUGGUGAGCUCCCUGAAUAUUUAUUUUUCUGAUUAUAAAUAUUCCAUGUCAGUAGCUUUUUUUAAAUUAUUACCUCUUUACUGUAGAGCAUUUACUUUUAGUCUCCCUAGAUGUAUAUUUUGGAAUGCUGUACGUAGUUAUAACACAGAUUAAAAUCACAGUACAUGACUUUAAAACAUCCCCUAUUUGGAUUUCCCAGUUUCCAAAUGCUAGUGAUAGGUUCAGAUUCAUAACAUUUCUCCAGAUUUACAAGGACAGAACAUUGCCUGCCGGAGUAGCUCCGAAAAAUGAUCCCCUGUGAUUAUGCUUAUAGUAGUUACACAUUUCCUCUUGAUUCAGGUUACAUUCAGAGACUAAAACUAAAACCUAAUCCUCUGGUCAGUUUUAAGACAAGCAGAAAUAGUUUAAAUCUUCAAAAUAUUACUGCAGCAUUGUGUUUAAAAGUUACAACAAAAUCGUGUUCAUGGUACCAUUUUCCUGGGGUACUCUAUUAGGACCACUUUUACAGAAAGCAGUUCCUUCCUCUCCCUGUUCAAGUGUGAAUCUUGUGGUUUGUUAGCAAUUUUGUGAUGUUUGGAGUUUAGUCAUCCCUGUUGAAAGGAGAGGCGUUUCAGACAUAGGGAGGAGAAAACAUACUGAAUAAUUUCAUAGAACUCUAAAGUGGCUUCAGUUUGUCACUCUUUAUCCCUCAAAUGUUUUUAAAGUACUGGGUUUGGAUUCUCAAUGUAUCAUUCGCCUUAUCUACUAAUCUCUAUUUUCUGUUUCUUUAUGUUUUUAGGUUUGUAUAUGUCUGUGCUGUUUUGCUUUUGGAUGUAUUUUCUGAUUAAAAACCACGUGAGAAAUAUAAUCAGUGUAGUAAUGCCUUAAUGAGCACAUAAUAAAUAAAUGGCUGUAGUGAUGUA